AGCUCAAUCAUUUUAGUAUGUUUCUUUAGACAUUAUAUGGUUAUAUGAGUAGUCAGAGUCGGCCACACUAUUCGUAACAUCCCUCGUACCAUUGGCAAAUUGAAAUAAAAAUUGACAUUUAUUAAGGAAAAAUGAAUUUGAAGUUUGAAUUUGUGCUCUGUCUUCUGUUGGGCGUAGUGUCUAGCAGCUGGGCAUUUUUGGACCAUGAUAGUUGGAUUACAAUUGAGCUGCAACACUCUCUGGCUGCCAACUCGGAUAGCUUUGGCUUCCGCGGGAAUGUGACUAUUCCAAGUCUCAAUUCCGGACUGGCUAAUGUGGAACAACCAUCUUUAAGUAAUGCCGAGCUUGGUUUGCUGAAGAAACUGGCUCUGCAAAAUGAGUUUUACCGCUUGAAGGCCACGGUGGUCUACUCGAAUGGCGCCAAGGCCCAAUUCAUCACUUCCAACAAGGCCUGCCGUCUGCUGCAAGCACAACUGAACGAUGUACUUUGGGUUUCGCUCGAUCCUUCUGGGUACGUUACCGGCAUCACUGUCUCCCAGGAUUCUGCUCCCGCCACUGUUGAGUGCAGCAAAGAGGACGUGGAUAAGCUGGUUGAAUCGCAAUUUAGCACCGACGUCCUGAUCCGCCACGCUGAACUGGCUCCCGUGCCUGAUACCGCUGGUUUUAUUCAGAAAGUGGAGCGGGAGCGAGAAGCCAGGGAGCGUGGUGAAGUCCGUGAUAACCGUGGUUUCUUCGCCAAAUACUGGAUGUACAUCGUACCGGUGGUUCUGCUUGUUUUCAUUUCUGGAGCCACAAACCAGGACGGUGCAAAAUAAGUAGUUUGUAUUAGUUGGUGCACUUUUGUUUGUUAGCAUUUCAUAAUUACAAUUCCUUAGCAAUUUUCCGUUAACCAAGUCAUAGCAAUUAAAGCUUAUGUAAAAUAAACCUAUUGACUCAAUUUAAUUUGAAUAUAUGUGCCUUUGGUAAGAACUUCA